AUGGCAGAAAUGCUUGUGAUGCAAUACCAGUGGAUUGAGACGGUUUACAAUCAGAGAUCAGUGAACAGACUUAAGCAAGACCUGAAGAGCCUCCAUUCAUUUGCUCUUGAGCUUUCGAAAGACUUUCAGCGUCAAAGCAAGACUUAUCUUUACCAAGUUUUGACAGCAGUCCAAGGGAUACAGCUGCAAAAUGAAGCAAUGCAAAUGUUUCAGAUAAAAGCUUUUGAUCUUGAACAGUCUCUACAAGAGGUGACAGAGAGAUAUGAGAAAGAAAAGCAAAAGAGGAGAGCUCUACAUAACAGCUUAGUAGAACUGAGAGGAAAUAUCAGAGUCCACUGCAGGAUCCGACCAUUACUACCUUUUGAUACUGCUGCUCGACAUUCGUUAUCACAAGAUAGGCAAAGAAACUUUUCAGAAAAAGUGGCAUACGCAGCUGAUGAGGAAACUGUCCUUGUAAAAUGUAGCCGUCCUGGUCAUGCAUCAGUAAACAAGACUUUUCAGUUUGAGAGAGUUUACAGUGCUUCGGAGUCUCAAGACACGGUAUUUGCAGAUGUGGCCCCUUUGCUAACAUCUCUCCUGGAUGGGUACAAUGUGUGUAUCAUGGCUUAUGGGCAAACUGGAAGUGGGAAGACAUACACAAUGUUGGGCCCACAAUUAGUGGAGAACUUUGCAUUCUCCAUAGAAGAGGAAUCAGAACUUGGAAUUGUUCCUCGAGCUGCCCACGAAGUGUUCAGGCUUAUUUCAGAAAAGCCACCAGGAAGUUACUGGGUUGAGGUUUCUGUUGUAGAAGUGUAUAAUAAUGAAAUUUUUGAUCUUCUGGCCAAAGACAGUUGUGGCAAAGUAUCUGGCGUCAAACGCGAUGUUGUCACAACCAGAGAAGGAAAGAGCGAUGUUCCAUUGCUUACACAUGAGACUGUUGAAAAUGCAUCUGAAUUUUUGCACCUAGUCAACAAAGGCCUACAGCUGAGAGUCACGCACCCAACACUGGUGCAUGCUCAUUCCUCUCGUUCUCAUCUGGUGGUUACAUUGACCAUAACCACAAUUGUCUCUGGAGAUAACUUUGGUACUUCAUGGGAAGAUGAACAAACCAGUCAGAGACUAAAUAAAGAGGUUUCCUGCACCUUUCCACAAAAAAUGAGAGACAAUAAAUCCACCUCUUCUUCCAGAGCCUCUUCACCAGCACAACUUGAAGCCGCUGAGAAACUGAAGCAAGUCAAAACUAGAUUGCAGCUGGUGGAUCUGGCUGGUAGCGAGUGUGUUGGUAUGUCUGGAGUGACAGGUGCAGCACUGAGAGAGACAUCAUUUAUUAACCGCAGCUUGUCUGCCCUAGCAGAUGUUCUUGGAGCAAUAGCAGAACAGCGAUCUCAUGUACCAUAUCGAAAUAGCAAACUUACGCAUCUGCUUCAGGACUCCGUAGGAGGUGAUGCUAAACUGUUGGUGAUGCUGUGCAUCUCUCCUGACCAGAAGUACUUAACAGAAUCAAUGCAGUCUCUGGGAUUUGGAACUCGUGCUCGGCAAGUUCAGAGAGGACAAGUCAAGAAAAAAAAUUUUCCAGUGCAGAGUAAAGCAAAAUAA